UGUAGAGUGCUCCACGAUCAGGGCCAUCUUUGGUCGUCCUCGCCGGUGACAGUGUGGACGAUAUAUUCCACUUGUCAUUAAUGCCAAAUGAUUUAUAAAUAAUCUUUGCAUUUAUAACAACUAAUUAACGCUGCAGCCUCAGAAAGGGAGAAUAAUUUCCAGUUUUGGACUCAGUGGCAUUCCUUUCGUCAGUAUCCUAAUUUCUCAAGGCAAGAAGAGGGCGAGACGGGAGAGGCGGUGAUACAACAUGGAUGAGGAAUAUGAUGUGAUCGUUUUGGGCACUGGACUCACAGAAUGCAUUCUUUCAGGGAUCAUGUCUGUGAAUGGGAAGAAGGUUCUGCACAUGGACAGGAACCCCUACUAUGGUGGGGAGAGCUCUUCCAUUACACCCCUGGAGGAGCUCUACAAGCGCUUUAAUCUUCCAGAUAGCCCACCUGAGUCCAUGGGCAGAGGAAGGGACUGGAACGUCGACCUCAUUCCCAAGUUUCUCAUGGCCAACGGCCAGCUUGUGAAGAUGCUGCUGUACACAGAAGUGACACGGUACCUGGACUUUAAAGUGGUGGAGGGAAGCUUUGUUUACAAAGGAGGGAAGAUCUACAAGGUGCCGUCAACUGAGACUGAAGCGCUGGCAUCGAAUCUGAUGGGAAUGUUCGAGAAGCGAAGGUUCAGGAAGUUUUUAGUCUUUGUGGCCAAUUUUGAUGAGAAUGACCCCAAGACCUUUGAGGGUGUGGACCCUAAAACCACAACGAUGAGGGAUGUUUACAAGAAGUUUGACCUCGGUCAGGAUGUUAUCGACUUCACUGGCCACGCCCUGGCCCUCUACAGGACAGAUGACUAUCUGGACGUUCCCUGUUUGGAGACGAUCAAUCGGAUCAAACUCUACAGUGAAUCUCUGGCACGCUAUGGAAAGAGCCCUUACCUCUACCCUCUCUAUGGCCUGGGAGAGCUGCCGCAGGGAUUUGCCAGACUGAGUGCGAUCUAUGGAGGGACCUACAUGCUGAACAAACCAGUGGAUGAGAUAGUGAUGGAGGGUGGCAAAGUGGUUGGAGUCAAGUCUGAGGGCGAGGUGGCUCGCUGCAAGCAGCUCAUCUGUGAUCCAAGCUACAUCCCGGACCGUGUUCGUAAGGCGGGUCAGGUGAUCCGUGUGAUCUGCAUCCUCAGCCACCCCAUCAAAAACACUAAUGAUGCCAACUCUUGUCAGAUCAUCAUCCCUCAGAAUCAGGUCAACCGUAACUCAGACAUCUACGUGUGCAUGAUCUCUUAUGCCCACAACGUGGCAGCCCAGGGAAAGUACAUCGCCAUCGUCAGCACCACAGUGGAAACCAGUGAACCUGAGGCUGAGAUCGAGCCGGCCCUGGAGCUGCUGGAGCCUAUUGACCAAAAGUUUGUGGCAAUUAGUGACCUUUAUGAGCCCACAGAUGAUGGUACUGAGAGUCAGGUGUUUGCCUCCAGCUCCUACGACGCGACAACUCACUUCGAGACCACUUGCAACGACAUCAAGGACAUCUACAAGCGCAUGACGGGGACCGACUUUGACUUUGAGAACAUGAAGCGCAAACAGAACGAUGUGUUUGGGGAGGAUGAGCAGUGAG